GCUUGUCACCACCGCCGUCGUUGGCAACAACGACCAUUCGAUUAACACUCUGAUAGUCGUCUCCAUCCCCGAUGUCUUCUCCAUCACCCAGAGUCUUACUUGUCAAUGAUGACGGCCCUCCAGGUCCACAAUCUCCAUAUAUUUUCGGGCUUUAUCUUCAUCUCACCACAAACCUCGGGUGGGAUGUGAAGGUAGUCGUGCCAAGCUCCCAGAAAUCGUGGAUCGGGAAGGCGUUUCACAUUAGAGAAAUCACGAAAGGAAGAUAUUACUACCCGAAGGCUCCUGAUGGGGUGGGAGAGGUUUCAUCAUGUUCACGUCCUUUGAAGGAGGGCGAAGUCGCUGAAUGGGUACUGCUGGAUGGUACCCCUGCAACUUGCACUAACAUCGCGCUUCAUAACCUCUAUCCUGGAACAAUCGACCUUGUGAUCUCGGGACCAAACUAUGGCAGAAAUUCUUCUGCCGCUUUCGCCAUGUCGUCCGGAACCAUCGGUGCCGCAAUGUCGUCAGCGCUAUCUCAGAUCCGUUCUGUCGCAAUUUCGUACGGCGAUGUUCUCCAUCCCACCCCAAACAAACUUUUUGAACCCGCAUAUAUCCUAUCUGUACGGAUCAUCCAGUACCUAUGGAACAACUGGGGUAAAGACAUCGGUGGAAUGCGCAAUGGAGAAAUCGACAUGUAUAACGUGAACGUCCCCAUGAUAAUGGAACUUCUUAACCCAAAGGGCCUAGAUAUCCAUUGGACACACAUGUGGCGUAACUCAUACGGGCAGCUUUUCAAAGCGGUAUCAGUUCCUGACGCUGGGGGCAUGAAGAGAGAAAUCCCCUCCGAGGGCCCGGAUGUGGCAGGUCAGCAUCCUGCACAACAAAGUGGACCUGGAGGCGAUGUAUCAAAAGAGGAACCUGCGACGCUAGUAUUUAAAUUCUCCCCUGAUUUCCAACCUCUUAUUACCCCUUCGCUUGGUUCCCUCCCAAUUGGCUCGGAUGGUUGGGCCAUCGCUAAGGGCCACGCGAGCAUUACUCCCCUACGGGCAUGUUUUGCACAUGUAGAUCACGACCAUGCGGCCACAGGGACAGAAUCUCUGAGGAUCUUGAAACUUUAGAGUAUUCCAAUAUUUUGAUCUAUCACUAAUAU